AUGGCAUUGUUUACAUGCAAAUAUUUUUAUUUUAUCGUGGCUCUCUUUGCAAUCUCAUUGAAACUAUGUUAUUGCCAUAAUAAAACCCACUGGAACGCCGCCGGCAUAACUUGGUAUGGUGAACGAGAAGGUUUUGGUAGUUCAGGAGGAGCUUGUGGAUACGGUGAUGCAGUUGCAAAACCGCCAUACGACUGCAUGAUUUCAGCUGGAGGACCUUCAAUUUACCAAGAUGGCAAGGGUUGUGGGACAUGUUAUGAGGUCGUAUGCGACCAUCCAUUUUGCACGAAAAGGCCGGUCAAGGUGAUGAUAUCGGAUGAGUGUCCUGGCUGCACGAAGUCGGCGGUCCAUUUUGAUCUUAGCGGCAAGGCCUUUGGUGCAUUGGCCAACCCUGGCCAAGGCGAUCAAUUACGUAACCUUGGAGAAUUACAGGUUAAGUACAAGCGUGUACUUUGCGAACACCCUAAUAGUAAAAUAGCUAUUCAUAUUGACCCUGGAGCAAAUCCAUACUACAUGUCGUUCGCGGUUAAAUUUGUAAACGGUGAUGGAAACUUUGAAUGUGUGGAGAUCCUACCGGCCGGCGAGAAGACAUACAUUAAAAUGGAGGCGAUGAGAUCCGCUGUUUGGAAACUUAACGCUGGUCGUGCAUUGAAAGGUCCUUUCGACGUCCGGCUUACCUCCGCUGUGACCAAAACAGUAUUAGUUGCUAAAUGUGUUAUCCCGGAAAAAUGGAAUCCCGGUACUAUUUACCAUUCUCUUGUUAACUUCGCCGUGCCCAAGUUCGUUCACAAGAAACCCAUUCACCCUAAACCCAUCCACCACAAACCUAUUCACCACCCUAAACCCAUUCACCACCCUAAACCCAUCCACCACAAACCCAUUCACCCUAAACCCAUCCACCACAAACCCAUUCACCACCCUAAACCCAUUCACCACAAACCCAUUCACCACCAUAAACCGAUCCACCACAAACCCAUUCACCACCGUAAACCCAUUCACCACAAACCAAUCAACCGUAAACCCAUUCACCACAAGCCAUGCCACCAUAAACCCCCUCACAAGAUGCACAAAUGA